AUGCCAACCAUCGUCCUCAUCGGUACCUGCGACACCAAGCUCCCCGAAAUCUUGUACCUCCGCUCUCAAAUCCUCCUCCUUCCAGACACCAACGUUCACCUACUCGACGUCGGCCGCCAAUCCGUUUCCCAUCCAGCCAUCACCUUGGGCCCUUCCGGCCUCCUCCGCGACUAUGCCAGCCCAUCAGACCCCAAGGACAUUCACUCCCUCCAAUCCCUCCCGCGCAAUGAGCUAGUAGAACUCAUGUCCCGCGUGGCAACUACGCACGUCAAACACCUCUUUUCUCAAGAUCAGAUACAUGCUAUUGUGUCAUUGGGCGGAUCAAAUGCCACCGCGCUCGCCGCACCGGUAAUGAGGAAUGCGUUGCCCAUCGGCUUUCCAAAACUGAUGGUGUCAACCGUGGCGAGCGGGGAUACGGGCCCCUACGUGGGCGAGACGGAUAUCACCAUGAUGUAUAGCGUUGUGGACGUUGCGGGAUUGAAUGAGGUUUUGAGGGGGGUGUUGGAGAAUGCAGCGGGGGCGGUGGUGGGGAUGGCUGAUGCGUACCAGAAAAGGAUGGCGGAACGAAAAGGACGGGAAGGGGGGGAAAGGGAGAAGAAAGUGAGGGUAGGAAUCACCAUGUUCGGCGUCACCACCCCGGGCGUCGACGCCAUCAGGCAGUAUCUCGAAUCCAAGUACCCCGACGUCUUCGAAACCAUGGUGUUCCACGCCACGGGCCACGGAGGAAAAGCGAUGGAACGACUGGUGCGGGCUGGAGAUUUGGACGCGGUGAUUGACCUUACCACCACCGAGUUAGCAGAUGAGUUGGUUGGAGGGGUGAUGAGUGCCGGGCCGGACAGGAUGCGGGCAGCUGUUGAGAAGGGGAUUCCUUACGUUGUGUCGUUGGGUGCGCUGGAUAUGGUCAAUUUUGGUCCGAAGGGGACGGUGCCGGAGCGGUUUCGAAAGGAUGAAGAGAGAAAGCUUUAUGAGCAUAAUCCUACGGUUACACUCCUGAGGACGUCGGUGGAGGAGUGCAAGGAGAUUGGGGAGCGGAUGUGCGAGAAGUUGGUGGAAGGAGCAGAUGCGAGCAAGAUCCAGGUGUGGAUUCCGAGGGGCGGGUUGAGCAUGUUGUCUGUGCCGGGAGCACCGUUUGAGGACAAAGAUGCUGAUGAAGCGCUAUUUAGGGCUGUUCAUGACGGUCUCAGGAGCAGUGAUAUCCUGAUUAGGGAUGAUGAACGGAAUGUCAACGACAAAGGCUUCGCUCAUGACAUUGCGGAAGCCAUGGCCAGACUCUUGGGGCUAUCAAGCGACCAGGAAUCGUGA